ACAUCUUCAAUGUGUGUAUUACACAAUCAAACAACAAAAGCAAGGCACUUGCUUUAAUUCAUCAAAACUGAGGAUUCAAAAUGAACUUUGCUAAUGUUAGCGUCAUUGCGGCAAUACUGACCUCCAUCUUGAUAUUAGGCGGGAGCUGUCAUAAAUCCUGUUCAAGGAAUGCCAGUCUCAUGAAGAGUAUUCAGUACCAGUUGAAACUUGUGGAAGCCAAUGAUGGAAAGUGUGACUGUUACCACAGUCCUUCAACUCCAAGUUUCGGAAAGGUUGGUUUUCUGGUAUAUAAUUCGAAAACACUGCAGAAUAUUGGUAACGGCGCUGUAGUUGUAUACGACACUGUUACUACCAACAUCGGAGGAGGAUAUGAUAAGUCGACUGGUGUCUUCACUGCAUCUGUAGAAGGUCUUUACUACUUUACCUGGACAGUUCUUACUCAAGCUGGCAAGACUUUCUAUACACAUUUAAUACUGAAUGACACGGUUGUAGCAAAGAAUCAUGCUGGAGCGUCUGGGAUGUCUACAUACAUGCCAUCUAGUCAAAGAGCUGUUUUACAAAUGAAGAAAAAUGACAAAGUAUCUAUCAGGAUUCAUAACGGAGGUUCAUUCAUGCACGGAGGUCAGUGGUCAACCUUUAGCGGCUUCAAAAUCUAAAUAAAAUGAAUUGACCAU